UCAGUUAUCCGAACUCGAUCAGACACAAGCUGAGCUUGAUCAAGGUGGAUGUAGCCCUAGAGGACUAUGCCGCUGCAGGGGUGUGGGCCACCUAGAGGCGAUCACUCUGUCGACAUUGUCGCAAUGUCCAGAGUGACCAUUCCUUUCGUUUUGCGCGAUUGACACCCUAAGCGAUAACAUCCUAAGCCAUCCAAGCGUAGUGUUGUGUUGAAAUGCCGUUUACAUCCCGAAGCAAGCAUUCUGUAGCGAAGCUCGUUCGGACAUGGUAUAUACUACUAGCGAUGCCAUCUUCAUUCUCUCUCGCUUAUGUUACCAUCGAUGAUAGAGUUCAGCGCUUAUCGACACAGCCCCAAGCUACAAGUAUAGAACAGCUGCGGGCAGCAUUCACGGAGUACGGCAAGGAUUUCCGUGGAAUGUUAAUGUUGUAUGUCUCGGAAGACCAAGGUAAAUUGCAGGAACAGGAACGAGCUUGUGGAUCGGGCCAGAUGAAACAUCGCAGCGAUGUCAGAGAACGCACAGGCUUAUAUCGAACGCGGUACAGUACAGGUUCAUGCUCCAGGCCCCUCUGGGUUUUGGUCCACAGCGCUGGUGGCUGGUGCGACUGAACAGAUGGAUACACAUCUAGGCCAAUCAGUGAAGGAUC